GUGUUAUCAUUGUUUAACUGAAACCAUUAUUGUAUUAUUUUUAAUUUUCACCUGCACUUAUGCUGUCAAUCAAUUGGCAUUAAACCCUAUAAAAAGGCAAUGGAUGUUUACUAGCUACUAGUAAUAAACAAUGAGGGCCUCCAUUGUUUUGGUUGUACUGAUCGCUGCAAGUGGAGCAUCGGCGCAUAUGGAGAUAUCAGUUUUAACACGCUUUAUUGUGAAAUUGGUUAGGACCAAUGAAGUAAUUAUUUUUUCUUGUUCAGACAAAGAUUUGCGGGUUGUUACUUCUGCGCUAAUGAAAAAUGACCAGUUUGUGAAGUAUGUACAUAUGAGCCAAAGAUACUAUCUAGAUUUUUUACUGGCUCGAAAUAGCCAUGGUCGAACUUCAGUUGUAGUAAAUACCAGAUGCAAUGGUGCAAUUGGUAUUCUGGCUGAUGCUUCUGUAAAUAAAUACUUUAACAAAACCUAUCAGUGGUUAUUAUGGGGUGUUGGAGUGAAAGUUGAGAAUUUACUACCACUGGAACUGGAAUAUGUUGGUCCAAACGCUCAAAUAACCUACGUUAACAAAACAAGUAACAAAUACUAUUUGUGGGAUAUUCAUUCCAAAGGACGUCACCUUCAAUCGGCCUUAGAACUACAAUUAAUAGCAACAUUAACUAAUUAUGAUGGACAUUUUUACCUGAAUAUAGUUGAAGAUAUCUUUAAGCUACAAAGCACAAUAUACCGAGGUCAAUUUAAUGGGCUGACACUACGAGGGGUGAGCGUUAUCGACAAAGAGGAAGUAACUACAAAUGAACAAAUCGAAGCUAUACUUUCGCGACCUACAAAAGAUUCCGGAGUAGCCGCCUUUAUAAAAUAUCACUACGAGCUUUUAGGGCUGUUACGGGAUCGUUUUAAUUUCACUGUUAAUUUUCGUAAUGCAAGAGGAUGGGCUGGAAGACUAGGUAACACCACAUUUCGCCUUGGUCUUUUAGGAAUCGUUGAACGAAACGAGGCAGACAUUGCAGCAUCUGGAGCGUUUAAUCGACUUAACCGGUUUGCGGAGUUCGAUAUAAUACAUCAGAGCUGGAAAUUUGAAACUGCAUUUCUUUAUAGAUUUACUCCAGACUUAGAUAGUCAUGGAAAAAGUGGCAAUUUCUUGGCUCCGUUUAGCAAGGCGGUUUGGAUUUUGAUUAUCGUUUCGCUAACAAUUUUUAGCAUAAUGUGGGUGCUAUUCGAAAUAAUUAACACUAAAUUGAGCACCCCAUCUGAUAAGAAAAAUAUUGCAUUGAAAUUGGAAAAUAGUUGGGCUGAACGGGUCCUGCAAACGUUUGCAGCUUUGUGCCAACAGGGCUUGGAUCCUAUUCCUAAAGAUUACCCAUCGCGUUUUGUCGUAAUAACAAUAUUUUUAUUUUCUCUUGUAAUGUAUAACUAUUAUACUUCUUCUGUGGUUGGUGGAUUGUUAAGCCAUUCCCAUAAAGGUCCAGCCACUGUUGAUGCUAUAACAUCUAGUGCACUUACAAUAUCUUUUGAAGAUAUUGGCUACUAUAAAGUGUUAUUUCGAGAAAGUAAAAGCCCAGCCUUAACCAGACUAAUAAAAAGGAAAUUGUCAUCAUCAAGAUCUUCGGGUGAUCUAUCAGUUUUUGCUCAUAUCGAAGAAGCUCUGCCAUAUAUCAAAUCCGGUGGUUUUGCAUUUCACUGUGAGGUAGUGGACGCAUAUCCUUUGAUUGCUGAAAUGUUUGAUGCCAGUGAAAUAUGUGAUCUGCGAGAGGUAUCUGGCCUACUGGAAUCUGAACUAAUGAAUUGGAUUUUACACAAAAACAGCCAGUAUACGGAGCUUUUUCGAGUUUCCAUGUGUUCCGCUCGGGAAAGAGGCUUCGUGGAACGAAUCCUUCGGCGACGACAAAUUAAGAAGCCUACCUGUGAAGCAUUAUACACUGUCUAUCCAGUAACCUUAUCAGGAGCCUUAGCAGCUUUCAUAGUUUUGAUUUGUGGAGCUACUAUUUCUAUCCUAAUGUUGAGUAUCGAAAUAUUUUUCGCAUAUGUUCAUUCGAAGAGAGAUGUAGAGCUCAAAAAAUCUCCAUCCACUAUUUAUUUUGAGAUUAAUUAAA